UUGGGUAUUUUCUGGCACUUGCAAAAGCUCUUUCGCUCCUUUUAAACGAUACCUUUAAGUCAGUCUGUUCCAGUGUUAUCAUUAUAUAUAUAUAUACUUAUACUAUUACUAUUCCUGCAUUCUUGUUCCUACAAAUCUAAAGCACCCUCUCUUCUUCUCUCGAAUAAUCAGGAAAAGGGUCUUUCAAAUCUUUCACCAGAAAGAAAUGAUGCUAAAGUUCUUUCCAUGGUUUAUAUUUUUCUUAUGCACCACUGCCGUGUCAUGCUGGAAGCUUGAAGGAUUUCCUACAUUAGAAUCUCAAGAUUUCAAUCUCUCAGAACCUGCUGUUCGAGGACAAGAGAUUCAUGCGUUGAGACAUGCAGGUCUAAACAGGACAGUUGGGUUGGAAGCAAAUGGUGACAAAGAAGAAUACGAGAAGAUGCAUGACAAUUUUCUGUCAGAAAAAUCACAGAGAGGAAAGGGUGCUUAUGGUGGUGCAAAUAUCGCCCACCGACCUCGUCCAGCAAAAAAUGCAGCUUCCUCGCUAGUCAGGCCACCUUUCUUUUUAUCAACGACUGUAUUGCAAGUAAGCUUGACCGUUAUCCUCGCAUUUUCGUCUUUACUUCUCAAGCUAUUUUAGGCCUUUCUUGGUUGAGAACUCACCAGAAAGAUCUGGUGGCUUACUCAAGGCUAUCACAAUCUCCAAGAUGUAACGGCCCCUCAAAAAGAAAAAAGAACGAGAGAUUGAACUUUGUCCUUGUUUGAAGCUGUAUGUCUUCGUUUGUAAAUGAAGAAUACGUUAUCUGGUGUGACUUUUUCAUAGCAGUACAUGUACUUCUAGCUUCCCACAGGCUAUACUUGCCGAAGGUUAAAUGGCUUGGUGCCUGCUAAGUUUGUGGUUUUAUUCUGUAGAUUUUUGACCCUUUUACUACAACAUGGCUGUUUUAGUAAUGAAUUGAUUGUUAGAACUCAAUCGUUAUUCCCUAGUUUAAUUUCAGGUGGUUUCUAUUGAUUUUUUACAAUUUA